AAAGUUUUGCUAAACAUCUAGCCAAAAUAACACAAAGGUAGAUUAUAUAAUAGAUCAUAAAAUUAGAUUAUAUUAGAUUAUAAAAAAAGUCUGUGUUUCUUUAAACUCAUGAUAAUGUUCGGUUGCAGACUUAACCACAUGAUUGAAAACCUUUUUCCUUUUAAAGAGUGAACAACACACCACUCUGAACACACCCACAGUUACCGGACCCACUGGUCCAUAUGGUUCUGAUUUGUCCGUCUGUGUCUGUGGUGGCGAUGAUGUGACGGCAUCUACUCCACCUGGUUGUCAGUGACGCACAGGUCACAGCCAACCUUGGCCUCGGCUCAAACGUGUGUUAGGUCAGCCGUCUGUCUGGGACACACACGUGUUGAUGUGCUUCCAGCUGUUUGUGGGGAAUCACGGUGUCUGGACCUAUGGUUGGACCAGUCUGGACUGGAGGCUCCUCCCUGCAGGCUGUGAGAUCAUCACCCUUUUAAUUAGACUGGAUCUGCCAAUUAGAGCCCAGUCCCAGCUGCGUUUAAAGCAGAGACAGACUAAACUUCUGCAGCAGACACACAGAGGUAAGUUGACAUUUUCUCUCAUUUCUCACUCAAUGAUGUCCUCCACUCUCCUCUGCGCUGGAUUUUUUCUGGCGUGUGCCUGGACGUUUAGUGCUGCUCAGACCAGCUGCAGGGGACGAUGUGGUAUCGACUACUACAGAGGUUACAUCUGCCAGUGUGACUACGGCUGCCUGCUUUAUGGAGAGUGCUGCAAGGACUAUGAAUCCCACUGCACCACAAGAAACUCGUGUAAAGGUCGAUGUGGAGAGACCUUCAAGAGAGGGCGGAGGUGUAACUGCGACAGCGACUGCAUGAAGUACAAACAGUGCUGCCCAGAUUACAUGAUGCACUGUGAUGCAGCAGCCUCACAUCCCAUCACCGCAUCUCAGACUACGUUGAAAUCAAGCAUCACUUAUUUCCAGCUUUUGUGUUUUCCUAAUGACAUUCCAAGGAAUUCUAGAAUUCUGAUUCUUAUCGAGAUGGUCAUCUCUGACACCUCUGCUCUGAAAAAUUCACAACAAAUUCACUUCUAUCUAUUGUGUCACACUCUCGUAGAUUUGAACGACCAGAAUCUCCUAAAAGAUGAAUUCUCCAGCAAUGGACAGGAGGAGGCAGUUCCUGAAACCACCAGCGGAGUUGGAUUUACACUAUCAGCUGAGCAGCAAGAUGAGGAUCUUACUGAACCCACUCUGCAGCCAUAUAGUCCAGAGCUCAUUCCAGAAUCCAGUCCAGAGCCCAGUUCAGAGCCCAGUCAAGAGCCCAGUCCAGAAACCAGUCCAGAGCCCAGUCCAGAAUCCAGUCCAGAGCCCACUCCAGAAUCCAGUCCAGAGCCCAGUCCAGAGUCUGUAACUGGUCAAUCUCUAACUGAAACAACUCCCUGGCAUCAUGAACCAACACAGUCUGAUGCCGAAUCCUCCACCUUUUACACCAUCAGUGCUGAGCUCACCACUGAGAACACAGAUGUCAGUGGUUCUCUUCUGACCUCAACCAUCCCAGGAUCAUCUCCUCAGCCCACAACAUCUGAUAUUGACGUUUCCACCAGACCUUCUUCAACAUCAGCUCCACAGACACAGGUUUCUCCUACAGCCAACAGUCCAGAGGUGGAGACUCUGGCGCUGACCUCGGUGCAGCCUGAGGCUGAUGCACAGGAGACAACUGAAGCCUACUCUGAUAACCUGGAAAUCACAACGCUACCAGUUAGCGUUUCAACAUCUGCAGGAGCCACUGAGGUCCACACAGACCUGGGCACAUCUGAGGUCACCAACCUCCCUGCCUCGACCACACAGAACCCCACACCCUCCACAGAUGUUCAAACAACUUUGGCUCCUGAAGGACAUACCACUGAGAACAUCUCAGAGAACGUCACAUCCAGCACCAUGUCUCUUCUGAGCGACACUCAACGUCCUCCCUCCACCGUUUCUCCAGUGGAGCUGAGGAACGUCUCCGACUUUGACGCCCUAAUCAUUCUCACUCCCUCCACAUCGACAGCUCCAGAGCAGGAUGGCACCUCUGAGGGAACACCACAUGUAACCACCGCUGGUCCAGUGACCACCGCACCUGAUGUGACCAAGCCACAAACAUCUGAACCAACAUCAGAACCAACAUCAGAACCACAGAACAAACCAUCCUCAGCUCAACCAAUUUUGGUUAAACCAAACUCCAAACUAGAGAUCAAGCCUGUGGUCAACACACAACGUCUGACCUUGGACAAUACAAGAGACUUUCUAGCAGAUGACAGCAGCGACACAAACCUAUGCAGUGGGCGGCCAGUGGGUGCAGUGACCACUCUGAAGAACGGGACAAUGGUGGUUUUUAGAGGACACUACUUCUGGUUCCUCGACAGAAACAGGAGCCCAGGUCCGGCCAGAGAUAUCACCCAGGUGUGGGGUGUCCCUUCACCUAUCGACACCGUGUUCACUCGCUGCAACUGCCAAGGGAAAACGUACAUUUUUAAGGGAGCCAAGUACUGGAGAUUUGAAAAUGGCGCCUUAGACCCUGGUUACCCCAAAGUGGUCGAAACCGGUUUUGACGGACUUCGAGGACAAGUGACAGCUGCUCUGUCUGUGCCUCAGUACAGACGGAGGAGAGAGUCUGUCUACUUCUUUAAGAGAGGCGGACAGGUGCAGCAAUACUCAUACCAGUCUGGAACCACACCGACAUGUGGCAGGAAAGUCCACAACCCACUUUACAGAAUCCGCAACGCUCGACAAGCAGUGUCUCUCCUCGGCCCUGUCAUCAACAUUCGGACGUCCUGGAAGAGUUUCCCCACCACCAUCACUGCUGCCGUCUCUGUUCCCAGUAACAGUGAACCAGAGGGAUACAAAUACUACGUGUUUUCAAGAUCCAAGUCCUACAACGUGAGGAUGGACGGUCAACAUCCCGUCAUCGAGACUCCUAAGGUCAACACGACACCUCAGAACGACGACUUCAUCAAGUGCCCGAAGAAAUAAAUGCACAUUUCAUUAAAUACAUACUAAGAUUUCGCACCAACUCUGGGAUCAUUUUAAAGUUUAUUACAUUCUUUUAUAAAACACACUGCUUUAGCAUGGACCACUCACAAGUACAAUAAAAACACAACGGGCAUCAGAGCAACUAUUAUGAAAACAAGUGUGACGACAAAUCUGUUAUGUCUAAUAAAAUGAAGUAGAGAUGA